UUUCUGCAGAGAAACCUAACAGAGUACUUUGUUGCAGUCGAUGUCAAUAACAUGCUCCACCUGUAUGCCAGCAUGCUCUAUGAACGUCGAAUCCUCAUCUGUUGUAGGAAAUUAAGCACUUUAACGGCGUGUGUCCAUGGGUCUGCUGCCAUGUUAUAUCCAAUGCACUGGCAACAUGUUUACAUUCCUGUCCUGCCUCCACAUCUGUUAGACUACUGCUGCGCCCCAAUGCCUUACCUUAUCGGAGUGCAUUCCAGUCUGAUCGAGAAGGUUCGAGGUAUGGCUCUGGAUGAUGUGGUGUUCCUCAAUGUGGACACAAACACUCUCGAAACACCUUUUGAUGACCUCCAAAGCCUGCCCAAUGACGUUGUUUCAGCUUUAAAAAGCCGAUUGAAGAAGGUGUCGGCAACAACGGGCGAUGGUGUGGCACGAGCCUUCCUGAAGAGUCAAGCUGCUCUGUUUGGCAGCUACAGAGAUGCUCUGCACAUCGAGCUGGGAGAGCCAAUAACGUUUAAUGAGGAAACCUUUGUGAACCACCGGUCCAGCACCAUGAGACAGUUCCUUCAGAACGCUAUCCAGCUGCAGCUCUUCAAACAGUUUAUUGAUGGUCGUUUGGACUUACUGAACUCGGGUGAAGGUUUCAGUGACGUGUUUGAGGAAGAGAUCAACAUGGGGGAAUAUGCAGGCAGUGACAAGACCUACCACCAGUGGCUGUUCACGGUAAAGAAAGGGGGCGGUGCCAUCUUCAACACGGUGAAGACUAAGGCAAACCCAGCGAUGAGGACCGUUUACAAGUUUGCCAAAGACCACGCUAAAAUGGGCUUCAAAGAAGUGAAGAGUCGGCUAAAGCAGAAGGAGCAGGCAGAGAACAGCGCAGGAGUCAUCGAUGAAGACGGUGCAGCAGGUGUUACGCCCGCCGCUGCUGGAGGCAAGGGGGAGGGGCCACUACAUCCCUGGGAUGACUACAGGCCCGUCACGCUGCACUUUGGACAGGUAGGCAGAACGCCUCUGUGUGUCAAGGAGGAAAAGACAAUGGA